GACAUUAUCGAUGCACAAUCACGAAUGGAACAAUCAUUACAUCUUUAUAUGAAUGACAUAUUCCCGGAUUCGUAUCAUUUUAUCGGAAAUACAAACAUAGCGAUCGGUAAUAGGAUGAGUGGAUGUCCGCCUGCAUGUUGGAAACAUUUCGACUAUAUCAUUAACUGCACGCCUCAAGAAUUUGGUGAAUGUUCGUCUCGAAAGAAUUAUCUGCUACUACCCAUUCCAGAGGGUAAGAAAGGUCAACAUAUUUUAUAUGAUAUGUUACCCGUGGCAAUAGAUUUCUUGAAUGAGCCGUUAAGAGAGAGAAAGAAAAUCCUAAUCCAUUGUAGUCAGGGUGUGGAUAGAAGUGUCGGUAUUGCACUCGGUGUGAUUGUGACGUAUUAUGAUGAUGAAG